UUUGGGGCAGUAAGAUUCAAUAUGGCGGCCGUAGAGGGCAGUUUGGAAGAAGAAGCUCUGAAACGUAGAGAGCGCUUAAAAGCAAUGCGAAAGAAAAGUGGGUUGGCAGAUGAACAGGCCUCUGAUGAGAGUGAUUCCUUAAGAGGGGAAAAGCGAGCUUUAGAUGACACGUCUCAACCUGCACCUCCACCCAGGCUGAUAAAAUUUAGAAACUACCAACCCAAAGAUGAAGCGUUAAAGGACAAGAAGAUGCCAAAUGCAAAACCUCUAUCAGUUGAAGAUGAAGUACAAGAGCACCUACAAAAAGCCAAAGCUGAGAAAGUUAUAGAUGAAGUGGAUCUGGCUAACUUAGCACCAAGAAAGCCUGACUGGGACUUGAAGCGUGACGUUGCAAAGAAACUUGAAAAGUUAGAAAAGAGAACACAAAGGGCAAUAGUUGAACUUAUAAGAGAACAGUUACAACAGGGAGAAGAUUUAGCUGCAGCAGUCAAUGCGGCAGCCUCGGAACAGAACUAUGAAGCGGAGUGAAGAUUGUGUUUGAUGAAAACAGCUGUCAAAAACGACAGUUCUACGUCACUCAGAAAAACAUCUGUGAGGAGACUGGGUACAGUCUCCUGUCAAGCUGUCAUUUCAGUGACAUGUGAAUGACAUUUUGUGCCACGCCUAUUUGGUAUCCAAGUUGGCUGUCAGAUUCUCGAGACAAGAAGACGGAGAUGCAGAAACUAAUCUAAGAUACUCACUUACUCACUGUACAAAUGCCAUGUAUAUAGACAUUAAAACUUCAAUACCAAAACCUACUAUAUUAUGUUGAGUGCCUAGGAAAUAAAUUUGUGCUUUUUCUGUAUUC